CUACCUGCGACACACGUUGUUCUGAGAGAGUUAGCGACUCUCAAGUUUUCUUGCUCGUUUUUUUCCGCUGUAAGUUGCCUUAAGCAUGGCAAACGGGUGCGAAGACGUCCUUUUUACACGUGGGACAGGACAGAGUGAUGAUUCAGAUAUCUGGGAUGACACAGCACUGAUAAAGGCUUAUGACAAGGCAGUGGCAUCAUUCAAGACUGCCCUUAAGGACGACGGUGAUCCACAGACUUCCAAGAGGGAUUCUCCUGGAAAAAAACGCAAGAGCAACAAAAAUAACCAGAGCAGUAAAAGAGCUAACACCCCGCCAGACAGAGCGUGGCAGGUUGGUGACUCGUGCUGUGCUUACUGGUCAGAGGAUGGCAUUCUUUAUCCAGCUACCAUUUCCUCCGUGGACCUGAAGAGGGGUACUUGUGUAGUUUUUUUUAAAGACUAUGGGAAUGAGGAAGAACAGAACCUUAAAGACCUAUUAUCAGAGACCUCUGAGGUUAAGGAGGAGACAUAUAUCAAGGUAAAUGAAGAGGAUUCUUCAACAGAGGAAAGUGAGAGGUCAACCGCACAACACCUGCACGGACAGCAGCCACACACCAAACCCCCAAAGGCCAAAUCCCCCAAGGAUCCCAACCCUAAGUGGCUUCCUGGGUUUCCCCCUGGUCCGCCACCCAUGCCAAGCUUCAAAAUGCCAACACACAGCCAGUCUAGGGAUUCUGGCCUUCCACCUCCAUUCUGGCCACCCAUGAUGUCUUCUGGGCCACCGAUGAUCCCACCUCCACCACCAAUGAGUCCUGAUGUGGGGGUUGAUGAGGCCUUGGGCACUAUGCUCAUCUCCUGGUAUAUGAGUGGAUACCACACUGGAUACUAUCUGGGGUUGAAACAGGGACGCAAAGAAGCUCGCUCUGGGAAGAAGACUCAGUCUCAUCGCAAAUGAAGUUUUCAAAGUUUGAGAGAGUCCCUUCGGAUUUCACCUGUAGUAUGAACCCACCCUCUAGUGCUUCGUUUGGGUCUGUCUCUUCAUUGUCAGCUUUGUAAAUGGAAACGUUUAUAAAUGAAAAGUUCAUUGUAGUAAGUAAAGUGUCUGGGUUGUUCAAAGGUGCAUGGUUCUUUUAUUUUUGUAAGUUAAUGAAAUAAAAACUAUCUCAUCGAUGACUAGCUUCACAUUACACCUUUUGCUGUUGAACUGUUGACAUAUUGUGUUGCAGAGACUUUGUAGAAAUGAUUAGAAAACAUUGUGUUUCUUUGUUGGUUGGUUCAUUGACCAAGAAUGGAGCGAACGACCACUGAAGAGAAGCCAUUUAACCAAAACAGAUGAGCCGCUGUGGCGACCCCUAAUAGGAGCAGCUGAAAGUAGUAGUAGUAGGAGUAGAAGUAGGAGUAGUAUGUAUAUGUCACAGACACCAAGUGCAUGUAGUUGCAAUGGCGAGUAUGGAUCUGUAGAAGUCGGAUCAUUCUUUUGUGUCAGAUUCUUGGGAAGAUGUUUGAGCGUUAAUAUUAAUAGCAAGCACUCCCUGCUGUUCGUUGCUACACAGGAACAUUCUGUAGUUCCUAUAGUGUAUCUCCUUUUUUUUUUUAGGUUGCUGAGGAUUUGGUUGCAGGCCAGACAUGAGUCCUGCUUUACUCCCUGUGGUGCUUCCCACAGAGUUAAUUCAGGGUAUCGUUCUAGCACAGGCCCUGCAUUCAAGUUGGGCUUUUUCCCUGAGGUGUUCUACUACCCAAUAUAGGAUCACAUCCAUCAUAUGCUUUGAAAUUCAUGUAAGAUAACCGCAUUCUUCAGGGUGAUGGCAAAAAAAAAAUGUAAGCAGGAAUCUUUUACAUCAGAGAAUAUGACUCGGUGAGACUGAAGGCAGAUAAAGAUUUUCCUCGAUCGCUGACAACAGAAGAUCUUUUACUUCGGGGUCUCCAUUGAGAGUUUCUUGUCUAUUGUUAAAGUGUCCCAUAAAUGACAUGACUAU